AUGUUUCCAGACUAUCGCAUUGAAUAUGCUAAAAUGUUGUUAGUUUGUAUAUCGUGGCAAUUGGCAUUAUCUAUGGACAGUAUGAAGGCAAAAAUAGCAAAAUUAUUAUCAAUUCAUAUUAUCAUUUAUCCACUGCUAUUAAAUUUUGUCGAAGUAAAAGUGAAUGAUUAUUUUUGUCCAUCAGUCAAAGAUGAUUAUGCUAUAGAUGGAUGUUAUGUCAUUCAACAAGCUGUUUCUAAUAAAAUUUUAAUAAGAAAUCUCAACAUUACUAUUUUCUCAUUCUUUAUUACUGGAUGUAUUUUAUUUAUAAUAUAUUUUAUAUGGAAUAUUCGACAACAUUAUAAAUAUUCGACAAAAUAUGAAGAUUUAGAUAACGAUGAAUCACUUCCAUUGAAUGAAACUAAUCAUAGACAACAACAAGAAUAUACAAGUAAUAAUAAACAGAACGUACAAAACUCUAUAGAUCAAAUAUUAAAUGAAAUCAAAGUACUUAAAGAUCUUGUUGAGAUGAAAGAGAGAGAAUCUUCUCCCGUAUCUCCGAAUACUCAUUUUGUAGAGACUGAAACAAUGAAUGAAUGUAUACAUCGUUGGUAUGCAUCUGUAAUUUUUUUUCCAGUAUGUCAAGGUCUUGUUUAUGUUUAUUUAAUAUCAGCGGGAAUUCCAAUAAUUUAUUUUUUCUUGCAUAUUCUUUUCUCACCAAAAUCUUUGUCAUCAUCGGCAGUUUACACGACAUCAUUGUUCAAUCCAAUCAAAUAUAACAAUGAAUUUACACGAAAACAAUUAAUUGAUUUUUCAAUACUGAUAUUUAUUGGAUUUGUAGCGAGAGCACUUCGAUUUUUUCCAUAUAAACAGCCGAGAAAUACUUCGAAUGUCAUGUGGAAAUAUGUUAAGUCAAUAUUUUGGAAUUGUGAAGGUUUGAUACAACGUGGAAAAGAGUCGUUUAGACAAAGACUCAAUCAUCAUGAACAACGACCAAGAGGAAGAAACAUCUAG